GAAACCAAAUAGUAAAAUAAGGCAAACAUAGUUAGCUUAAAGGCAAGUCUUAACGAUAUGACUGAAAUUAUAUCAACUUGGAGAGAGAAGCUUGAGGAGAACGUCAAACGGGAUCAAGAUCUGCUGACAUUAGUAAGUGUCAGCCUCAGAAAAAGUGAUGAGCUGACUAAAGGCAUGGUGUCCAUACUCUCAGCAUUUGAGGGUUGCCUGCAGUACCUGGAGAACACGGUCAUUCCCAUGCACGACAACACGCUCAAACUACUGCAGCUGAAUGGGACAGUGAAUACAACAUUAUUCUACUUGGAUGAUGCUAUCAGCCACUGUCAGGCCGUUCGAGACACUGACAAGGUCAUCCUUCAGGGGCCUGCAGAACAACUGUCUGACUAUCUGGCCUGUCUUCACCGACUCAAGAAAGCAGAGGAGUACUUUAUACAGGAAGACCCGGAUGGCCCUGAGCUGAACAUGCUUAGAAACCGAUUAGUGCGGUGCAAGUCACAGCUGGAGUCCAAGUUCCAAGUGCUUUUAGGGCUCUACAGCAAGCCAGUGCAGACAGUCAGAAUCCUUAACAUCCUGGCCAAAAAUACACCGGAAGGUACUGCAGGCAGUGUUGAGGAGCUAGAGCUCAUACCCCAAACUAGGCUACAGGACAUCAUCUCCAUCUCUGCCUGGCUGAAUGGUGAGGAUGAAGCAGUGACAACUACAACAAGAGUCUCUGCCAAAAUGUUAAAAACACAGUCACUGGAAAGAAACCCUAGGCAUGACCAUCUCUGGAAACUGGGUCCGAGAAGCUUUUUCUAUAAGUCCUGCUCAAAAGCGACGUCUCUUAGGAGAAAGCCAUCAUUCAUGAGGAAUCCUCCUUCACUACACACAAAUGCAUCAAUGGAUUGUCUUGAAAAACGGGAAGGAAGAAGCCUGUUCACAAAUAGGUUCAGCGUGAAGUUAUUUGGUAGAUUCAAAGCGCAGUGUUUGGAUAGAAAGCCAUCACUAGAAAGCAAUCCGUCCCUAUACUCUCUUGGAAAACUACAGUUGAGUAGCUCAUUCAACACUGUAAAUGUCUCAAAGCCAUCCAGUGAACCUCAGGAUAUUCAAGAUAUAAGGCAUACAUCUCCAGAGCCCUUGCCAUUUCCGUCUAGAGCCUCCACCUCCCAUACAUUCCCAUACCGCAGACCAAAGCAACAAGCUCACACCUCCCAUAUUCUCCCAUACAUCCGACCCAAGCCAAGCUCAGUCUUUGACAUCAAAGCCCACUAUGCUGAGGUGCGAUCCCAAAUGUUGGACUACUCCAUGAAGGGUUUGAAAGACCACAAGAAUCCCAGGAAACUUCCAGGCUCAGUGGCACAGAGCAAGCACAUGAAUUCUCCUUCCAGCAAGCACACGAAAAUAGGGAGUGACAGGAUGUUAGAAGUUGACAUUGGGACCUACCUCCUCUGCAUCACAGGCUUUUUGUGCCUAGCCAAGAGUGAACAUACCAUGGUGUCAAAGGUUUUCCCUCUGAACUAUGACAGAACUUUUGAAAAGCUUAUCCAGAAAGUUCUGGACCAGCUAAUCCAGAAUGGUAAGAACAUCCUGGCGUUGGUUACGCGAGCCUGUUCACAUCAUGACUACUCAGCCAUCAUUGUUAUGUUACCUGUUGUUGACUGUCUCCAAGACUGGGAGAAAGAUCUGAAAAAAAUUAUGAAGUGUCAGGGCACAAGCAGCCCCUUGAUCAAAGUCUCCAAACUCGUGACCUCUAUAAAGACCCUGGUCGCCAGAGCCCUGGAGGAGUUUGCUGUCUAUGUUAAGAGCAACCUGAACAAGGAUACUAUGCCCAAGGAUGGAACUGUUCAUCAAUUCAACAGUAAUACCAUUCUGUUCCUGCAACGGUUGCUGGCCUUCCCACGUGCUGUUCAGUUCAUCUUGAGUUCCACUGGCGUAAAGACAGGCACAGAAAAUAUGGAGCUGUCCAAUAAUGUUCAACAUAACCCCCUUAUGAAGCGUGAAGAUGACUCUGAAGAAAAGUCAUCAGAGAGCAAACAUAGUCUGGAGUCCGAGAAGAGGAUCAGAGAAAAAGUACUUAGUCCUUACAUUUACAGAGUGCUGGAUAAUCUCCAGUAUUUCCUGCAGACUAAAGCCAAGAUGUACGGCGUACACGCACUUGGGGCCAUCUUCCUCCUUAACAACUACAACUACAUCCUCAAGUCAAUGAAGAAGUCAUUGCUGUUUGGAGAGGUUGCAACUAGUGGCAGGAAUCUGGAGGUAGAGUAUGGGGAGCUGAUGGAGCUACAGAAGCAGGUGUACCAACACAGUUGGUUGAAGGUGACAGAGUGUCUGUCUCUGCCCGUCUGUAAACCUGGUGACAAGUUAAAAGAAAAAGACUGUCAGCUAAUAAAGGGCAAGUUCAAGAGCUUCAACGAGGGUCUGGAAAAGCUGUGUAAGAUUCAGAAAACCUGGGACAUCCCUGACAGAGAUCUGCGUCAGACCGUCUGUCAGGCCCAGCGGGAGAUGGUGUCCAAGGCCUAUACAGCCUUUCUAAUGAGAUGUCACAAUGCUGAUUACUCCAAACACCCUGAAAGGUUCCACAAGUACAGCCCAGUGCAGGUGGAGGAGAUGAUUGAGGGACUAUUUGACAUCUCAGUAUGACUUAGAAAACUUGCUUAGGAGAUACUGUAAGGCCUUUACACUACCUUCAAAAUGUUUUUCUGUUUAUUUCUGUAAUGGGAAUUCAUUGGAGUUUUACAGUAUUUAUUUCGUUUCAUUCCAUGUAUGCCUGGCCACUUUUAAUAAAUACAUCUUGUUAAAAUUUUACUGGAGAAUACACAUCUACAUUCAGCUAAAUCUAAACACUGUUUUCUUGAUAGCUCUUGAAGAAUGGGUGAAGACCCAAUUUUAAACAAAUAAUUUAAUCCCAGAUUUCUAAAUGGUUAAUGUUACAUGGAGAACCAAAGGAGACAUACAAAAUGACAGUUGCGUAGAGAAUGAGAACAGUGAGAUAAAUACAGAAACAGAUGAGGUCCACCCUGUUUGCAAAUUUAUAUUGUCUUGCUUUUGCCUGGUCUUCUGUAUGCAUUUUGUCGAGAAACCUCACCACCUUUUGGAGGGGUAUAUCCUCCAAAAACAUUAAGCCAUUCUUGGCACAAAUAAACACUAUAGAGCAUUAGAAUAUAUACAAAUAAAUGUUCAAUAAAAAUACACAUGUAUUGUGUUUCAUGAUUAACAUUUAUCAAUAGGCUUGUAUUGUCAGGAUCAACGUCUUGUGUGUUUUUUAAUAUCAAAUGUAAUCAAAUGUUGUUGAUGGGAAAGAAAAUGUGUUAUGUGCAUGAGGCAGAAUGCUCUUAGUUUUUCCUAAUAAGCAAUACAGUGAUGGCAUUGUUGUGGUAUUCUUUCUUUCUGGUUUUAUGGUCACUAUCAAUGUUUUCUCCAUUUUGGGGGGUAAAUGAGCAAAUUUCUGGUCUGCUUAGUGGAAAUGUAAAAAAAAUGAUACUUUCAGGAAUACUUUAGUAUUUUCAUUUAUAAAUUCUUUAGCUUUUUUUGUUCAUUAGAUUAAAAGUUCACA